CACCGGUACCAGUAUGGUAACCACUCCCAUUACUAUGGUUACCACGGCGUCUACGGUGACCAGCAWGAGGGGCGGGUCGGUGAAGAGAGGGACAUGAGGCUCCGCCUCCUGGAAGCUGAUUGGUUCACAGACAAGACGGUGUUGGAUAUUGGUUGUGGUACUGGUCACAUGACCCUGGCUCUGGCCCUGAGGUUUAACCCCGCCCACAUCCUGGGGGUGGAGCUAGAUGAGAAACUGGUCCAUGCUGCCAGGCAGAACAUCAGGCACUUCCUGUCACAUGACCUUGUGCUGACGGAGAGGGGCAGGAAGCAGGGGACGUCCCGCCCCCUCCCUCUGUCCUUCASGGUGAGCCGAGGUCCUCUGGCGGCUCCACCCCUUUUCUCUUCUUCCUCGUCUUCAUCUUCCAGGUUCCCCAACAACAUCACCUUCAUCCAGGGUGAUUAUGUGUCAGAGGGACGGACGUGGCCAGGGCGGGGUCAGUAUGAUGUCAUCACAUGUCUGGGUGUGACCAAAUGGGUGCAGCUGCAGUCAGGUGAUGGGGGCGUGGCCAGACUGUUCAAACGAGCCUAUCAGAGCCUGUCUGCAAGAGGCGUGUUCAUCCUGGAGCCGCAAGCGUGGUGCAGCUACUGUCACAGCAAGAGAGCCUCG